AUGCGCGGUGCGGCGUCUCUGCACACUUUGCUGCCUUCUCAGCUUUUUCCUUCCUUCUUCUCCUCCCCAUCUCUCCCCCUCCCCCGGCCUCUCCUGUACCCAUUUCCCCUACUCUCCUCCACGUGUACCACCCAGGGUGUGCUACGAGACCUCAGCAAGGGCCCGCCCGCCCACCAUCCCCUGUACGCCUACCUCCCCCUCUUCCCCCCCUCACCCCUCUCCGCCUCCACCCCUCUCGUGCCACACAGGGGUGUGCUACGGAAUCCAAGCAAUGGCCCGCCCACCAUCCCCGUGCUCUCCCCCUCACACCUCUCCACCUUCUCCCCCCUCUAUCCCACCACCCAGGGUGUGCUACGGGACCUCAGCAAGGGCCCGCCUGCCAUCCCCGUGCUCUCCCAAAUGCCAUCCGCGCCAUCAGGGGUGCAGCCUGGAGCAGCGGGGGCGGCAGGGGGCGCAGCAGGCGGUGCAAUGGCCGCGAUGCAUGGCAUGGCAGCGGGCAUGGGGGCUGGAGUGGGGGCUGGUGCAGAGGCGGAGGCAGAGGCAGUGAAUGCUCCGCUCUGCUGCGAGCAUAAGGUGAAAACGAUGCUGGCACAUAGGUUCGCACAGUGGUCAAGUCUUGUGCCACGUGUGCCACGUAUCCCACAUGUGCCUUGCACCCCACUGAACCGGCCCAACCUCUUGCCCGCCCUCGUGUGCGCCACCUUUGCUGCCACACAGACCAUCCGCUUCUCCAACUUCGCCCCUCACUGCCGCCCCUCACUGCCGCCCCUCACUGCCGCCCCUCACUGCCGCCCCUCACUGCCGCCCCUCACUGCCGCCCCUCACUGCCACCCCUCACUGCCACCCCUCACUGCCACCCCUCACUGCCGCCCCUCACUGCCACCCCUCACUGCCACCCCUCACUGCCACCCCUCACUGCCGCCCCUCACUGCCGCCCCUCACUGCCGCCCCUCACUGCCACCCCUCACUGCCACCCCUCACUGCCGCCCCUCACUGCCACCCCUCACUGCCACCCCUCUCGUGUGUGCCUCUGCCCCUCCUCUUCCGCGCAGGGCCCUGCAAGCACGGCUGCUGUGGCAGCACACGCCACGGAAUGCCGCUGCUGUGGCAGCAGACUCCACGGAAGUGGGGUUCCCCGCCCAGCCCGCCCGCCUGCCCCCGCACCACCUGCAGCACCUGCACCACCUGGGCUUGGGCGCUCAGCACGCGGGGGAGGGGGUGGCGCAGGAGCAGCAGCAGGAGGAGCAGGAGGAGCAGGAUGGCAAGGGCCAGGAGCAGGAGCAGGCGACACAUGAGCUGCAGUUGUCUGAAAGGGAGCAGCAAGAUGGGGAUGAGGAGGGCGGGCUGGGAGGGGAGGGGCAGAUUGGGGUGAAGAGGAGGCGAGAGGAGCUAGGGGAGGGAGCGGACGACACUGAUGGGGAGGAGGGAGGGGUGGGGGGGCGCACUGGGGGCGGUGGGGUGGAGGGCGGGGCGAGAGGGGGUGAGGAAGGGGGAGGGGGGGAGGGGGAGGGUGGAAUGGAGGAGAGUGCGUUUGGCAUGGGAGGGACCGAGAGGGGCCGUGGGGAUGGGCGGGGAGGGGCGGGAGAGUGGGUCAGGGAAGGGGAGGGGGAGGAGGGGGAGGACGCAGCGGAUAGAAGGGAAACGAGGUUGUCAGGAGAAGCAGAGGAGGAUGAGGAGGUGGAGGAGGGGCGGCAGCGGAGGGCAGGAGGCGAAGGGGUGGAGGAAGGGGAGAGAAGCGAGGGAGAGGGAAAGGUGGAUAGUCCGAGCUAA